AUGCCAGAACAAGCAGUUGCUGUGGCUGGAGGUAUAAUAGGAGGGAUCCUUUUAUUUGUCCUCCUUGGAAUAACUGCAUAUGUGCUCUGGAAAAAAUUUUGCCACCUCUUUUCUUAUGAAAAGCUCAUCAAUCCUGUCAAAACAACAAAUGAAAAUGCCAUUUUCCAGGAUCAGGCAAAUUCUGAAAUUCAUCUAAAAAGCACAAGCAGGUCCAGAAGCGUUCCAUUUAUCAUUCCACCGACACUGCAUGGGCGAGACUGGAUUCACCUGACAAAUGAAGAACAGGUUCAGGAAGACAGGGACCCCUUCAUGACCCCUCAGUCUGGGCCACGGUCAUCCUUUCAUUCUUUGGCUGGAGCUUAUGUUGUAGGAACCAUUAACCCAGAUCUGUACAAGCUUCCUGAAGACAAAAGCGAAACAGAUUUUCCUGAUGGCAGCAUUGGCCGCCUCUGGUUCUCCAUAGAAUAUGAGCAAGAGUCAGAAAGGCUCCUUGUCUCCUUGAUCAAAGUCAGAAAGCUGCAGCCUCCUGCUGAUUCCUGCAGUCCAUUUGUGAAAAUCUACCUGCUGCCUGAUGAAAGGAGCUACCUGCAGUCCAAAACAAAGCGUAAAACUCUUAACCCGCAGUUUGAUGAAAACUUUGUUUUCCAGGUUUCCAGUAAAAUGUUGCUCCAAAGAACACUAAAGUUUUUGGUUUAUCAUGUUGAUAAACAGAAGAAGCAUCAUCUCCUAGGCCAAGUUAUUUUUCCACUAAAAAAUGAAGCAUUAACUGAGGACAACAAACUAGUCAUAUGGAGAGAUCUGGAGAAAGAAAACUUGGAGCCUCCUUCAGAGCAUGGUGAUAUCCAGUUCUCCCUGAGCUACAAUGACUACCUGGGCCGUCUCACUGUGGUGGUUCUGAGGGCGAGGGGAUUAAAGCUCCAGGAGGAGAGCCCUGCUGUUGGUGUGUAUGUCAAAGUCUCACUAAUGAACCAUAAUAAAUUCAUCAAAAGUAAAAAGACAGCAGCUCUUCUGGGAACUCCCAAUCCUGUGUACAAUGAAACCUUCAGUUUCAAGGCAGAUCAGACAGAGCUGGAUACAGCAAGCCUGAGUCUAUCUGUGCUCCAGAGCAACAAAGGAGAAAAAACACUUCUGCUGGGACGAGUAGUAGUUGGGCCUUUCAUGUACACACGUGGCAGAGAACUGGAACACUGGAAUGAGAUGAUCAGCAAGCCCAAGGAGCUGGUUAAACGAUGGCAUGCUCUCUGCCACAGCACAUGAACAGCACUGAGGAA